GUGCAGCAGUCUCGCGUAUCUAAAAUCGGAAAGAAUUGAAAACUUAAAAAAAUUAAAAAUUGAAGGUUUUAGUGCAUAUAAUUCUUUUAAAAUUAGUACAAUCGCGAGAUACAAUCAGUGUGAAUGUGAAUAACAUCAAGGCGUCCAUGUAUAUGAUUGUAAUAAGUGUUUUUAGUGGUUAAAAAAUUUUCCCUUUUGAAGUUUUGAAAGCGCAAAGAAGAAAAAAAAGGUGAUUAAAGAGUGGAGAGAAGAAAAAAAGAUCCAAUUAAUAAUGGCAAAUUCCACACACAAUAAAAUGUAUUCGGAAUCAACGUAUCGUGUUGGAGAUUACGUGUAUUUUGAGACAUCAUCAUCGUCACCAUAUCAGAUCAGGCGUAUAGAGGAGUUAAAUAAAACGCCAUCUGGUAACGUAGAAGCGAAAGUGAUGUGCUUCUAUCGACGUCGUGACUUGCCGACUCCAUUAGUACAAUUAGCUGAUAAACAUCAGAGUGAGUAG